GUCAAUGUGAGCAUCCAGGGGGAGCUGGCUUGCAGGGGGCUGCAACCAUGUGAGCACCCCUCCACGGAUGAAGAGGCGCAUUCAUUGGAGGAGGAAAAGGAGAAGGAAGGGGAAGGGGUUGGAAGAAGGAGGGGAGCAGGACGUGGUAGUGUUGGUAACUCCUAAUUUACAGAGACGCCUCAUGUGACCCAACUGUGACAGUCUUGCAGCUUCCCCUGGCGUGGAGGACGUACUUGUUUCCCCCCCUCAGUUCGUUCACUCUUGGCUGGCUUGAUGUAUGCACGUUCGAGCGGUGGAACCAACACGCAGUCUUCGUCUUUUUCUUCGUUCUGCCGAGCCCUCGGGUUACUUUCUCGGGUUUCGCCGUCAUGGCCGGGAGGGGAGCAAGAACACGCUCCUUUUAUCACUCCAUCCAUUACAUCAAUUAGGAGUGAAGCAAGAGGCCCCGGAGAGAAGAUAAGGUGAUGACCUGGAUAGUGCCAUGUGAAUGACUGAAGACCAUGAAGCCCACACACAAGCUGCUGUUCGUCCUGUGCCCCAUGCUGGUCCUAGGCUUUAUUUACUACUCAUCAGGAAAGCUACAUCUAAACGUAUGGGGCCAGAAGCCACAGCUUGGUGCUGAAGUGACAACUGUAGUCCUCACUAACGGCAAUGAAGUGAAAAGAAUUGCAGAGCUGGAAACUGAUAUCUCCGUGGGACGAAUAGUAGGCUCAGUGUAUGACAAGCAGGGCUUUUUGCUGCAGUUAGACACAAAAUUGCCACAGGAGUUGGCAUACAAGUAUGGCAAUCUGAGCGAAGGCGUGUGCAAGCCAGGAUAUGCAGCAGCCAAAAUGACAAACAUCUAUCCAAAGUUCAGGAAAGCAGCACCCAUGUUUCUUGACCAAAACUUCAAACGUCUCGCAAAAGUCAGCAAUUAUUUGCCUCCAUUUGGAUUCAAAACACAAGAGAGAAUCAUAGACAGCAUUUUAGCUACUACCAAAAACUUUGGAUUAGGAGAUGAACUGGACAGUCUCAACUGUAAAAAAUGCAUCAUUGUGGGCAACGGAGGUAUCUUGUCCAACAAGUCUCUGGGAUCCCGUAUAGAUGACUAUGAUGUUGUGGUCAGGUUGAAUGAAGCCCCAAUAGCUGGUUACGGGAAGGAUGUUGGGACCAAAACUACAAUGAGAAUUACCUACCCAGAGGGAGCUAUUCAGAAGCCUGAACACUACGAAAAGGAUUCACUUUUUGUAUUUUCAGCUUUUAAACCACUGGACUUCAAGUGGUUAAGACAGAUGGUCUUGAAAGAGAGAUUGCGAGGCACAGAGGGUUUUUGGAAGUCCGUGGCCCAGCAUGUCCCUCGUGAGCCCAGUGAGAUGAGAAUCCUCAACCCCUACUUCAUCCAGGAGGCUGCCUUCCAGUUCAUAGGCCUGCCCUUUAACAAUGGCAUCAUGGGAAAAGGGAACAUUCCAACUUUAGGCACGGUUGCCAUAACAAUGGCGCUGCAUAACUGUGACGAGGUGGCGGUGGCCGGGUUUGGCUAUGACAUGAACGCACCUCACGCACCCCUCCACUAUUACGAGGCCGUCAAGAUGUCUGCCAUCAAAGAGUCCUGGACGCACAACAUAUCGAAGGAGAAGGAGUUCCUGCGCAAGUUAGUGAAAGCCAAUGUCAUCUCCGACCUCACCAAUGGUAUCUGAUCAUACAGCCAUCUAUUCUGCUUCCCCACGGACUACCGCACAGAGGAACCCAGGAAAGGGCAAAAGAACCCCCAAAUGUCCUGGUGGCCUCCACAAUACGAGGGUUUUCAUAUCAAAGGAGAUUGCUUUAAAAAAAAAAAAAAAGUUUAAUGGUGACGUGCACACACGCGUGCCUUCUGAACCAAAGACGCCGAUUGAUUGAAGAACGAGGUAACGGGGAGGAGGGCGACUGGAUCCACCCACUUCCUUUCAGAUGCGCCGACAAUUUUACAGAGUUUAUCACUUUGAUAUCCGGUACCACACCAAUGAAGUGACCUGCAGAAGUCGGGCGAAGUGGAACAAAAGUGGAGACUGUGCAGGGACGGGCCGAGUAUUAGCAGUGCCAAAUGUACCUCGAAUAGAGGAGAGGUGGCGCUCCUCUCCUUUUUGCUGCCUGAAUGUAUUCACCUUCCUCAGUGUAAAUAGCAAAAGAUUUUUACUUUUUAACAAGCUGUUGCAGCAACAUUCUGACCAUCCUCUGCCUCGUUUCCCCACAUUUUGUUGCGGUCCAUUUUCCUCACACAAGCCGAUGAUGCAGUAUGUUGACAUUAUCCUAUAAUUUGCACUCAUGCCCACAGAUCCUCUCGAAAGCCCCUUAAACACUUAGAUCUUUAUUUGGCAUCCGGUGGUGAAUAAAAUUUCUUUAGGCUUUUUAAAAAAAAAUAAACAAGUAAACUUCAAUUCUUUUUAGCAACGUAGUGUUCCCUAAAUUUAAGAAAAGUACAUAUAAAAAUGUCACACACCACUAGACAAAAAUAUCCCAUUUUUACAGGCAGCAUAGUUCUCACCUAAGUCAAUUCAGGGUAAAGUCAAUUUAAUUUCGACUCUGUUACGUUUGAAAAAUCUCGUGCCACACGGCCAAACAGAAAUGUUACAAAAAGUCUUUAUACUGAAAUAGUGAUUGAACACACCACAGUUGACCCACAAAUGUACUUUGUCGUGAAAUCUUGUUGCAUGAAUGACAGAGCAUUAGAUUGUUCUGGCUGUCACUACAACAUGUCGGUGUCAUUUAUGGUAAAAUUAUUUUUAGACCAAUUAAGCGACUUUCUUAUGGAACAGUGAUUGGUAAUCGCUGCUCUGAGUGAAAACGAGAACCAAAUUAUUUUUCUUUUGGAGGAUCAAUCUUCAGCUUGGCAUCCCUAUAAGGUAAAUCCCAAUCACUUCCAUGUGCACACUCGAUUUUUCAACGGCCCGCUUACUGUCUGCACUGCCCCUCUCUGUUGUCGGUGGACUGAAUGUUGAAGCCAUCCUACCCGUUGCUGCAGAUCUCAUCGUGCUCUAGAAAUCUGUGACACUUUUUGAUUGUUGAAGGAAAAAACAAAAAGAGGUAUAUUGUUUUCAUUAUUUAUUUAGUUACUGAGACCCAGCGUUUGGAUCACAGGCAGGCCUGCUUUCUUUUCUCGUCACGUUCUGAGGAAACAUUAAUCCGUUUGACUUGAUCAUUGUGUGCUUCGUUUGUCCGAGAUUACAGCAAUUUGUGCGGCAAAAGCAGCGUUACAAUCCGGGAAUCGGGUAUCCAUUUGUUUCUAAAAUCCCUCUUUUCUUUCUCUCUUUCUCUCUCUUUUCACGACACUCUUUGACUCCCACGUGUUUUACGACUGCAACAUGUACUAUUUCUGUAGAACACAAAUCAACAAUAUCAAGGCAGAAAAGUUCCAAGUGCAGUGCAGUCUUGAGAUGCGAGUGACAUUUGAGUUUUUGAGAUAGUGAACUCAAUUCCACUCACUUCACAAUAAGCAGGAGUUUGGCAAAUAGUGAAUUAUUGUCUCCGUAUGCUCUAAAACCCGCUUAUAGAUGCAGUCUAACAAAAGGAUUAAUUCCUUUUAAUGCUAUUUGCCAUUACAGUCUGUUUUUAUAAAGUAUGCUAAAAUGGAGUGCUAUUUUCCUAAUUAAAACAUUUGUUUUUGAGGUGGAAGGAGUUAUGAGCUUGAUUUUGGAAUAAAUUAAGCUCUUAUCACAAGGCACUGCUGUAUUUUCACUCUGCGAUGUGUACUGUAUUAAUAUAACACAAUCAACAGUUCCAAAACAGGAAUAGUCCAAAAAUUGUCCAAAUAUAUGUUUGCUUGCCAAUUUAUGAGCGACACAAUCAGUUUUGUAAUCCACGUGUUUGAUAGUUGUGGAAAUUUCUGGAUUUGUUUGUUUCACUCUCAAUUGUGUAUGUGCCUCCCCCCCUUCCUCCCCGGCAGUACUCACUCACCCGCGCUUCGAUCCCAGAUUGUUACUCUGAAAUUGUUGCAUCAGAUGCGACUUUAAGAGAACUCUUAGCAGGCGCUCACACUGUCUUACAUUUUCAUCUUCUGGAAACUGAAAGCGGAGAAGCGCCGCUGAGCCACUAUGAGCCGUCAGCUGCAUGUUAUGUGGGAGAUUUGGGUCCGGUCCAUUUCAUAUCUGCUGUGUUGUGUGUGCACGUGUGUAUGUAGAUGCGAUUUAGGAACAUAGGAAGACACUGGUUGUCUUGGAUGUAUUUUUUUUUUUUUUUUUUGCAUCGUCACUUUCUACUUGCUACUGCUGUAAAAUACAUAAUACCCAUCUUACAAAAAGUUACAAGGUCCACUUGGAGGCCUUUUUGUAACUCCUCCAGUCUCUUAUCAACCCGCUGAUGACGUCAAAUACUCCCUCUCGGGAACAUCCUUGCGGGUCCUUUAGACCAGAUGUUCUCAGAGGAUGGUGCUCAUCAGCAGGUUACGACAGAGACUGGAAGAGUCACAGAAAGGCAUAGAAGUGGAUGUCCUUUCAAAUGUUGUGACUUUGAUAUUCGCUCCUGAAGUGUCAGGAAAAAUUACUUUGAAAGGGUCAAGACAAGAUCAGAUGAAGUUCACCUGUGAUUGAUCUCGUGGAGUUUAGCUUCAUCGCAAAAUUUCGCCCAAUAUUUUGAACUUUUUGAAACUAUUCUGUCAUUGCCAUGAUUCCCUAAUAUUCACUUUUAUUAAGUGAACUUCAUUUUUUCAUUCAAUCAAAUAUAGGAUUGUCAUUUAGAUGCAUUUGUUUUAAUGAAACAGUUACAAGGUGUAAUUACAUUUUGUCAUUCUAUCAAGAAGGAUGCUUACCCCUAUUUCAUGUCUUGCAAAAAAGUUUUUGGGCCACCUUAUUUUGCCCAGCAAGAAGCGUUUUCUCACAGAGGUAGCACUUCAUCUACUGACCAGGGAAAAUGGUUCUGUCGUGCGUUUUCUCGUAGGCUUUUUUGAAAGCGAUGUGUAGGAAAAAAAAUGCAGUGAGUAUUUAAAGCGUUUGUUGUCAGCGUGACCUUCAGGCUGUUGCUCAUCAGUGUGAGGGGAGAGUGGCGUUGUCAUCACGAUCUGAUAGUAGAGCAAAGACUACACUUCAUCUGUAUGUGACCAAAGCAGCAGACACACCGCCAAACAAGUUUCUGAAAAAUUUAGAAGUGUGUGCUCAGAGCCACAUUUGCAGAAACAGGCAGAUUUAUUUGGGUGUUUAAUAUCUUUGGUUGGUGUUAAGCUAUUUGUAUAAAAGGGAUAAGUCAAUUUUCUAUAAAACACAAGCUCGAGAGAGGAGUAGGUGAAAUAUUGGCAAUAUGUUUGAGUCACAUGGGGAGCAAAACGGUGGCCAGUCCCAAGUACAUUUUUCCUUUUCAAUUUUUAUUUCAAAUCAAAGCUUUGAGUGAUUCGUCUGGUGGCCUUGAACGUACCAGCAAGAAGUUGUUUGGUCCCUUCUGACAUCUGCAGUUCUCCGUCUUGGUGCUGUGCCACUUUGGCAUCGUCACACAUCAAAGUUGGGCUGUCAGCUUGUUUGACACUAAACAGACUUUCAGUUGACGCGCUGUUUUGUUUUUUUGGGGGGGGGGUUUAGAAUUUUUUUUUUUUUUUCUCCUCUCCAUGCAGUUCUCGUUCAGCUGGACCAGGCCCGAAUCUCCUUGAAGUCGAAUGUAUUCAAUCAAAUCAUGCUGAUUAUUUUAUCUUUUUUUCCUGCAUCAUCAAUGGCAAGUGAUCAAAAAUGGUGUUACUUAUCUGUUUAAAUCCAAAUGUAAAUUGCUUUAUGCGACUCUAUUAAAAGGUUUGUAAUGGA